UGUCAUACAUAGUUUUCGAUAGGACAACUACGUGCCAUCACUGGAAUCUAUCCAACUGUUGAACGUAGUUCUCAACACCAUAGUCACCAACCUGGAGAUUUAUUAUUCUAGGCUCUAGUGAUCACAAGACAUCGUUUUUGGAAUAAAAACUUGACGCUGUUUAUAUUGAAUCUAUAACACAAGGCUAGGAUCUAAAAUACAUUACAAGAUGAAUGCUUUUGGAAAGGUAACCAAAUUUGUGGUGGCUGCUUUUGCCGUUACCGCUUGUAUGACAAGCUAUGCCGUUGCCAAUGAAGGCGAAGAUUCAAUUGAAGAAGUUGGUUCUAAUUCAGUUCCCUCCACUACUCCAGUUGCGGAGGGUGUUACUACGGAGAGCAACUUGAAGGGUAGUAUAGCAGCCGAUACUUCAAAGGAAGAGGAAAGAAAACCCGAGGUAAAGGCUUCCACUGAAAAUAUCGACUGGAGGGUGAAUAACAGAGUUGUAUCAUACUUAGGUGCAUGUAAAUUAAGCGAGAAAUUCCAAAGUGUAUAUGAUGAUUUGCACAAAAAUGGUGGUAUAACUGUUCCAAGUGAUAUUUUGAAUAAAAUCAAACGUUCACCAUCUGGUCCAUUGUCAAUAGAUAUUUUGUGGAGCCUGUCAAACAAAAUAGCUAAACAAUUAUCUAGUAAGUACGGAGUUAAAGCGAACGACAUGAAAUCCUACGUCUUCAAUGCUCUGACAUCACCAUGCAUACUCGAGGUAUAAGAUAGCCUUUCGGCUGUUAUCUGUUAUGGUAAUUAAAAUCAACCUUAUACAUUCAUAUUACAAGAUAUAAUUAGUUGUUGAUUAUCCAAAUCAAGACAUUCCGG